GAUUAGAUUUGGUGACAUGCUCUGUUUCUCUGCACCUAGUUAUCUUCGCAACUAGCUUGUACUUGUUACUGGGUGGUUGAGAUUUAAGUCAAAUAGUUUGGUUUCGUGGAGCUUUAAAGAUUUGGAUUGUGGUUGACUGUUCAUUGAGUCUUCUUCUUCUUCAGAAAAAUAAUUAAAUUUAAUUAGAUCCGAUUGUGAAAGAAUUGAUCUUUGAGUCUUAUUUUUGGCAUAUACACUUAUUGGUUCCUUUCACUGGGUCCUCCCUUCGUUGAUCCUUUUCAGAUUAAGCAAUGUGUGGUCUCUCUAAGAAUGAUUCUGAGUUGGAACAUUCGUUUUCCGCCUUACUUGAGUUUGCUGCUGACAACAACGUGGAAGGCUUUAAGCAGCAACUCUCUCUUGUGCCUUGUAUCAACCAGAUGGGUCUCUGGUACAGACGCCAGAGGUUUGUUAGGAGAAUGGUUGUUGAGCAAAGAACACCCUUGAUGGUUGCUUCCAUAUACGGAAGUGUUGACGUCGUGAAGCUCAUUCUUUCCUUCCCGGAAGCCGAGUUGAAUCUGGCGUCCGGUUCGGAUAAAAGCACUGCUCUUCAUUGCGCUGCGUCUGGUGCUUCUGUGAACUCCUUGGGUGUUGUCAAGCUUCUUCUGAGCGCAGGAGCUGAUCCUAACAUCCAUGAUGCUCAUGGGAACCGUGCUGUUGAUGUUCUCGUUGCGUCUCCCCACGCUCCUGGUUUGAGAACCGUCCUUGAAGAGAUCUUGAAGAAAGAUGAAGAUCCGUCGUCUAGCUUGGGUUCAAGUUUACGUUCUCUCUCGUCAUCGCCGGAGAACGGUUCCUCUUUGCAAUCUUUAGGUUCAGUCUCCUCUCCAACUAAGGUGGAUGCAUCAGAGAAAAAAGAGUACCCGCUUGAUCCAUCAUUGCCUGACAUCAAAAGCGGGAUUUACUCUACGGAUGAGUUCCGUAUGUUCUCGUUUAAGAUCCGACCGUGUUCUCGAGCUUACUCCCACGACUGGACCGAGUGUCCAUUCGCACACCCGGGUGAGAAUGCGAGAAGAAGAGACCCGAGGAAGUUUCACUACACAUGUGUCCCAUGUCCUGAUUUCAAGAAGGGUUCUUGUAAGCAAGGUGACGCGUGUGAAUACGCUCACGGGGUGUUUGAGUGCUGGCUACACCCUGCUCAAUACAGGACACGUCUGUGCAAAGAUGGGACGAGCUGCAACCGAAGGGUUUGCUUCUUUGCUCACUUAAAGGAAGAGUUGCGUCCUUUGUACGCUUCCACAGGCUCUGGAUUGCCGUCUCCUUCUUCUGCUGCCUCCACUAUGGACAUGGCUUCGGUUCUGAACAUGUUACCAGGCUCACCAUCUGCCGCUCCAAUCUCUCCUUCUGCAUCAAUGGGUUGGCCUCAACAGAACAACAUACCUGCGUUGCAUCUCCCUGGUAGCAAUGUGCAGUUGAGUCGUCUGAGAUCUUCUCUGAACGCUAGAGAUAUUAUUCCUUCUGAGCAACUUAGCAUGAUGCAAGAGUUUGAAAUGCAGUGUAUGUCAAGUCCACGCUUUAUGAAUCAUCAUCACUCCGCUCGUCCCAAGACGCUUCUGACACCUUCGAAUCUAGAGGAGCUUUUCUCAGCCGAGGUUGCAUCAUCCCCACGCUUCUCUGAUCAACUUGGCGUCUCGUCUGUUCUAUCGCCUUCCCAUAAAUCAGCUCUUCUUAACCAACUUCAGAGUAACAAGCAGCAGAGCAUGCUUUCUCCUAUCAAGACGAAUCUAAUGUCUUCUCCAAAGAAUGUGGAGCAUCAUUCUCCACGAGCCAUGGAGCCUAUUUCUCCAAUGAACUCUCGGAUGAAACAGCAGCUGCAUCCACGUAGCCUUAGCUCCCGUGAUUUUGGAUCCAGUCUGCCCCGUGAUAUGAUGCCGACAGACUCCGGUUCGCCGCUAAGUCCUUGGUCAAGCUGGGACCAGAACCAUGGAAACAAGGUGGAUUGGUCGGUACAGUCGGAUGAGUUAGGCAGGUUAAGAAAAUCUCAUUCUUUGGCUAAUAAUAAUAACUCAAACAGGGAAGCAGAUGUUACAUGGGUUCAGCAGCUGGUAAAAGACUCUGCUGCAUCACCUAGGAACAAUAACGGAGCCAUGAACAUGAAUGGUUCGAGGCCGCUGGUUCAAGGUGGUUCUAGUGUGAACCCUCCUCACAGUGAGAGCGACAUUCUUGAUGCGUGGCUUGAGCAGCUGCAGCUAGAUCGCUAAGCUGUGAAACUGAUGAUGAUUUGUUGUAUUUUUACUUUCAUUAAAUUGAUUCUUGUCUCUCUGUUGUAGCAAAAGGCCAAGUGUUCCUCUUUCCCUCUUGCUAUUUUUUUUUUGUAUUCUCGUUUCUUUAAUAUCUCCAUUCAUAUUGUAUGAGAAAUAAUAGCAUAUUGUUUCAGCUAAUAAGAUUCAUUCAUGGUUUA